ACUUGGAAGAGAAAACUCAAAUCAGAAAACGAAUAACGAACGUAAAAAGUGCUGCUCAUUAAAAGUUGUUAUUUGAAAGUUGUUAACCCUCAUAUUUAUAACAUAACAAUAACACUUAAAUUUCCGUGUGAUUAUCUAAUACAUUAAAAGGUAGUUGUAUUCAAGGAUUUCUGGAUUGCUUUUAAAACAGAAGGAAAGGCUAGUUAAAAUUUCGGUUCAGAUGGCUGAUGAUACUCCCGUAAUGGAUGUUGAAGAGAAAGAAGAAGAAAAGCCUUCAUCGUCCAAUGUGAAGGGUGAGGAGAAACGUAUUGAAGUUAGGAAGUGGAGUGGAGUUGCCACGUGGAGUUGGGAUAUUAAAGUCGAAAACUGUGCUAUCUGUCGUAAUCACAUUAUGGAACUCUGCAUUGAAUGUCAAGCCAAUCAGGCUUCAGCUACUGGUGAACAAUGCAUAGUUGCCUGGGGUGCCUGCAAUCAUGCCUACCACUACCAUUGUAUUUCUCGCUGGCUGACGACUCAUCAUGUAUGCCCACUGGAUAAUACCGAAUGGGAAUUAACAAAAUAUGGACAUUAAGUGCCCCGUCCUUUUGUUUUUUGUGGAAUUCUAUUUUAUCAGCGCGUUUCAUAUUUCGUUGUUUUUAACUCUUUCGGAAUCUUAAAACUCGAAAUUUGCUGAAUUUUCGUGACUCAAAAUUUCAAAAAUAAAUGUGCCCUGCCCUUCAA